AUGGUGUCAAAAAGAAGUAUACCUUCAAGGCACCAUUCUCUCAGCACCUAUGAGGUCCUGUUUGCAGCUCUCUUUGCCUUACUGGUGGCACUCUGUGCUGGAUUAUUUGCAGUGUCCUGGCUGGCAAUCGAGGGAUCAGAAAGAGAUGCAGUGUUUGGAAAAAGUCACAAAGCCAGAGGGACAUUGAAAAUAACAGCUGGAGCCAUGUAUAAUCCUAAUUUGCAAGACAAACUCUCAGCGGAUUUCAAAAUUCUUGCUUUUGACCUUCAGCAAAUGAUAGAUGAUGUCUUUCAAUCAAGUAAUCUGAAAAAUGAAUAUAAAAACUCAAGAAUUUUAAGAUUUGAAAAUGGCAGCAUUAUAGUUAUAUUUGACCUUUUCUUUGCCCAGUGGGUGUCAGAUGAAAAUGUAAAAGAAGAACUGAUUCAAGGCAUUGAAGCAAAUAAAUCCAGCCAACUGGUCACUUUCCAUAUUGAUUUAAACAGCAUUGAUAUCACAGCAUCUUUGGAGAAUUUCUCUACAGUAAUUCCUGCCACAACUUCAGGUAAGCUAACAACCGGCUGUCCUCUGGCAACUCCAGGAAAUGUCUCAAUAGAAUGCCUGCCUGGUUCUAGUCCUUGUGCUGAUGCUCUAAAGUGCAUAGCAAAUGAUUUAUUUUGUGAUGGAGAAAUUAACUGUCCAGAUGGCUCUGAUGAAGACAAUGACACUUGUGCCACAGUUUGUGAUGGCAGGUUUUUGUUGACUGGAACUUCUGGGUCCUUCCAGGCUGUUCAUUACCCAAAGCCUUCUAAAUCAAGUGUUGUUUGCCAGUGGAUUAUACGUGUAAAUCAAGGACUCUCCAUUAAACUGAGCUUCGAUGACUUUAAUACAUAUUAUACAGAUGUAUUAAAUAUUUAUGAAGGUGUGGGUACAAACAAGAUUUUAAGAGCUUCUCUCUGGGAAACCAAUCCUGGCACAAUUAGGGUCUUUUCCAAUCAGGUUACUGCCACCUUCCUUAUAGAAUCUGAUGAAAAUGAUUAUAUUGGAUUUACUGUGACAUAUACUGCAUUUAAUAGCACAGAGCUUAAUAAUUAUGAGAAAAUUAACUGUGAUUUUGAAGAUGGCUUUUGUUUCUGGGUCCAGGAUCUAAAUGAUGAUAACGAAUGGGAAAGGAUUCAGGGAAACACAUUUCCUCCUUUUACUGGACCAAAUUUCGACCAUACUUUUGGCAAUUGUUCAGGAUUUUACAUUUCCACCCCAACUGGACCAGGAGGGAGACGAGAAAGAGUAGGGCUCUUAAGUCUCCCUUUAGACCCCACUUUGGAACCAGUCUGCCUCAGUUUCUGGUAUUACAUGUAUGGUGAAAAUGUCUAUAAAUUAAGCAUUAAUAUCAGCAGUAACCAAAACAUGGAGAAGACAGUUUUCCAAAAGGAAGGAAAUUAUGGAGAAAAUUGGAAUUAUGGACAAGUAACAUUAAAUGAAACAGUGGAAUUUAAGGUUGCUUUUAAUGCUUUUAAAAACCAGUUCCUGAGUGAUAUAGCUUUGGAUGACAUUAGCCUAACAUAUGGGAUUUGCAAUGUGAGUCUUUAUCCAGAACCAACUUUGGUCCCAACUCCUCCACCAGAACUUCCUACGGACUGUGGAGGACCUUUUGAACUGUGGGAGCCAAAUACAACAUUCACUUCCAUGAACUUUCCAAACAGCUACCCUAAUAAGGCUUUUUGUAUUUGGAAUUUAAAUGCACAAAAGGGAAAGAAUAUACAACUUCAUUUUCAAGAAUUUGACUUAGAAAAUAUUGCAGACGUAGUGGAAAUCAGAGAUGGUAGAGGAGAUGAUUCUUUGCUCUUAGCUGUGUACACAGGGCCUGGUCCAGUAAAGGAUGUGUUCUCAACCACCAGUAGAAUGACUGUGCUUUUCAUCACUGACGAUCUGUUGGCAAAAGGGGGAUUUAAAGCAAACUUCACUACUGGCUACUACCUGGGGAUUCCAGAGCCCUGCAAGGAAGACCAUUUUCAGUGUAAGAAUGGAGAAUGUAUUCCACUGGUGAAUCUCUGUGACGGUCAUCUGCACUGUAAGGAUGGCUCAGAUGAAGCACAUUGCGUGCGUCUUUUCAAUGGCACCAGGAACAACAAUGGUUUGGUGCAGUUCAGAAUCCUGAGCACAUGGCAUGAAGCUUGUGCUGACAACUGGACCACACAGAUUUCAAAUGAUGUCUGUCAGUUGCUGGGAUUAGGGAGUGGAAACUCAUCGAUGCCAAUCUUCUCUACUGGAAGUGGACCAUUUGUAAAAUUAAACACAGCCCCUAAUGGCAGCUUAAUACUAACACCAAGUAAACAGUGUUUACAGGAUUCACUGGUUCUGUUACAAUGUAACCAAAAACCAUGUGGGAAAAAACUAGUGACUCCACGAGUCAGCCCAAAGAUUGUUGGAGGAAAUAAUGCCAAAGAAGGAGCCUGGCCCUGGGUCGUCGCCCUUUAUUACAACGGCCAACUGCUCUGUGGUGCAUCUCUCGUCAGCGAUGACUGGCUGGUGUCGGCCGCCCACUGUGUGUAUGGGAGAAAUGUAGAGCCAUCUAAGUGGAAAGCAAUCCUAGGACUGCAGAUGACAUCGAAUCUGACUUCUCCUCACAUAGUAACUCGGUUGAUAGAUCAAAUUGUCAUAAACCCACAUUACAAUAAACGAAUAAAGGACAGUGACAUCGCCAUGAUGCAUCUGGAUUUUAAAGUGAACUACACAGAUUAUAUACAACCUAUUUGUUUACUGGAAGAAAAUCACGUUUUUCCUCCAGGAAGAAUUUGUUCCAUUGCUGGCUGGGGGAGGCUUAUACAUCAAGGUCCUACUGCAAACAUAUUACAAGAAGCUAAUGUUCCUCUUCUAUCAAACGAGAAAUGCCAGCAACAGAUGCCAGAAUAUAACAUUACAGAAAAUAUGGUAUGUGCAGGCUACGAAGAAGGAGGAAUAGAUUCUUGUCAGGGGGAUUCAGGAGGACCAUUGAUGUGCCAAGAAAACAACAGGUGGUUCCUGGCUGGUGUGACGUCAUUUGGAUACCAAUGCGCACGGCCUAAUCGUCCAGGGGUCUAUGCCCUGGCCCCGAGGUUCACAGAAUGGAUACAAAGUUUUCUGCAGUAG